CGCGCGCGGCUGGUUGACCCGCGGGCGGCGCUGCACGGUUCCGGCGUCCGGGCCCGGCAUGGCGGGGACCGGGGCCAGGCCGGGCCGGACCCGGACCUAAAUGCCUCUGCUUCUUUUCGCACUGUUGGUCUUGCUGCUGGUUGCGCUUAUCGCCCUCUUCGUAGGCCGGUGGCUUGUGGUCAGGUUGGCCACCAGGUGGUGUCAGCGAAAGCUGCAUGCUGAACUAAAGAUCGGCUCCUUUCGCUUUUUUUGGAUCCAGAAUGUUAGUCUUAAGUUUCAGCAGCACCAGCAAACAGUGGAAAUUGAUAACCUGUGGAUUUCCAGCAAAUUCCUUAGCCAUGAUCUGCCACACUAUGUUGCCCUGUGCUUUGGAGAAGUACGCAUCAGAACAGAUCUACAGAAGGUUUCUGGCCUGUCUGCUCCCUUUUCUCAGAACACUGGGGUGGAUCCAAAGUCAUUGUCCUUCAGUCCAUCCUUGUUGAAGAUCUUCUGCCAACUAUUUUCCAUUCAUGUAGAUGCUAUAAACAUCAUGGUUCUCAAGGUAGCUACCUCUGAGUCCCUGUGGCACAUUCAGAUCAGUAGAAGCAGAUUUCUUUUGGAUAGUGAUGGGAAAAGGCUAAUCUGUGAGGUGAGCUUAUCUAAGAUCAACAGCAAAGUUUUGAAGAGUGGUCAGCUGGAGGACACCUGCCUAGUGGAGUUGUCACUGGCCUUGGACCUGUGUCUAAAGGUUGGCAUUAGCAGUUGGCAUCUAAAAGCUAUUGCUGUAGGUGUGUGGACUCUUCAUGCUGAGCUACAUGAAGGACUCUUCCAUAGUCAGCUACUGUGUCAAGGCUCAAGCCGACCAUCCAAGCCUGUUUCCUGUUCAGAGUUGACAGAAAACUUGGCUGAGCCAACUCUGCCUGGCCUAUACCUCCUCCAGCUGCUGCCAGACCAAGUCAAAGUGAAGAUGGAGAACACAAGUGUGGUGUUGUCUAUGAAUAGUCAAAAGAGGCACCUGACUUGGACACUGAAGGUCCUGCAUUUCCUGUACCACCGUGAUGAGGAUCAACUGCCCCUUCGAAACUUCACGGCAAACUCAGAUAUGGCACAGAUGAGCACUGAACUCCUACUAGAAGAUGGGUUAUUGCUGUCCCAAAGUCGUCAACGGAUUGUCUGCCUCAACUCUCUCAAGGCUAGUGUGCAGGUGACCACUAUUGACUUCUCAGCCUCUCUAGUCCUGAACACUUGUAUCAUUCAUUACCGGCACCAGGAAUUUGCUCACUGGCUUCAAAUGCUAGCACUGGAGACCCCAGGGUCUGCUUCAUCUGUUCUUAAGCAGAGGAAAAAGAGAGUCUUCCCCCAGAUUCUGGCUCCCAUCAUCUUUGGCACCUCCAUCUCCAAUGUCAACAUUUCCAUUCAGCUUGGAGAUACACCACCUUUUGCCUUGGGAUUCAAUUCCAUUUCUCUGGAUUACCAGCACCUCAGGCCACAAAGUAUCCAUCAACGGAGUGUCCUAACUGUGGAUCACCUCUGUUGGCGUGUGGGCAGUGAUUCCCACAUUCAGCGGGCACCACAUCCACCUAAUAUGCAUGUUUGGGGUGAAGCACUUGUCCUGGACUCCUUCACACUACAGGGGAGCUAUAAUCAGCCUCUUGGCCUGUCCAGUACCCAAUCAGAUACCCUCUUUCUUGAUUGUACCAUCCGAGGACUUCAAGUAGAAGCUUCAGAUACCUGUGCUCAAUGUCUGUCUCGUAUCUUAUCUUUGAUGAGUCCACAAUCUGGGAAGUCAGCUGUCUCUAGGGAAUCGUCAUUGGGGGACUCUGUAACAUUACUGUGGAAGGUGGACUUGAAGGUGGAGGAUAUGAAUUUGUUUACUCUUUCUGCCCUGGUUGGUGCUUUGGAGGUACGACUGGACACAUUGACUAUUCUGGGCAGUGCUGAGACGUCCACUGUGGGAAUUCAAGGGCUCGUUCUUGCCCUAGUGAAGUCAGUUACUGAGAAGAUGCAGCCCUGUUGCAAGGCUCCUGACAUCCCUGCUCCAGUACUCAGCCUCUCCAUGCUCUCCCUUACCUAUCACAGCAGCAUCCGCUCUCUAGAGGUUCAAUGUGGAGCAGGACUGACCUUACUCUGGAGCCCCCAAGAUCACAUGUACCUGUACCAGCAUGUUCUAGCUACCCUGCAGUGCCGAGACUUACUAAGAGCCACUCUGUUUCCCAAGAUUGUCCCAUCCCUUGAAUUGGAGACUCCAAGAACCAAUUCUGAGCCAGAAGAUUGUCCCCCUGAGUCAUCUCUACCUAGGCGACUGCUAAGCCUGACACUGGAAGUGAACACAGCUAAACUAACAGCUUUUGUAGCUGAAGAUAGGUUCAUUACUCUAGCUGCAGAGAGUGUGUCACUGAAUCGGCAUGGAGGUUCACUGCAAGCUUAUUGCCCAGAGCUGGCUGCUGGCUUUGAUGGUAAUAGCAUUUUCAACUUCAAGGAGGUGGAGGUGCAGUUGCUACCAGAGCUAGAGGAGAUGAUCCUCCACCGGAACCCCUUCCCUACACUGCAGACCCUCCGAAAUCGUGUUUGGCUCCUCUCCCUUGGUUCAGUUUCAGUGGAGUUCCCUUAUCAGUAUGACUUCUCUCGAACUCUGGAUGAGGCCGUGGGAGUGCAGAAGUGGCUUAAGGGGCUCCAUCAAGGGACUCGCAUUUGGGCCUCUCCAAGCCCAGCCUCACUCCCACCUGAUCUACUCCUGAAGGUUCAGCACUUCUCGUGGGUUUUUCUGGAUGACAUUUUUGAGGUGAAACUUCACGAUAACUAUGAACUGAUGAAGGAUGAAAGUAAAGAAAGUGCCAAAAGACUGCAGCUGCUGGAUGCCAAAGUGGCUGCCCUUCGGAAGCAACAUGGAGAGUUAUUGCCGGCUCGAAAAAUUGAGGAGCUCUAUGUCUCUUUGGAACGCAAAAACAUUGAAAUCUACAUCCAGCGUUCCCGCCGUCUCUAUGGCAACACACCCAUGCGCCGAGCACUGCUCACUUGGAGCCUGGCAGGGCUAGAACUGGUGGCUCUGGCAGAUGCCUCUUUCCAUGGACCUGAGCGUGUGCUAGAGCAGGUUCGAGAGCUUGAUCCAGGAAGCCCUUUUCCUGCUGAAGGAAUAGAUCUUGUCAUUCAGUGGUGUCGCAUGCUCAAAUGCAGUGUUAAGACCUUCCUGGUUCGGAUCAGAGACUAUCCAAGGUACCUGUUUGAGAUUCGUGAUUGGCGGCUUAUGGGUCGACUUGUGGGCACUGAGCAGAGUGGUCAAACUUGCUCCCGUCGACGUCAGAUCCUGCACUUGGGGCUCCCAUGGGGUAAUGUGGCAGUAGAGAGGAAUAUGCCACCACUCAAGUUCUACCAUGACUUUCACUCGGAAAUCUUUCAGUACACAGUGGUAUGGGGCCCAUGCUGGGAUCCAGCCUGGACACUAAUUGGCCAUUGUGUGGACCUCUUGACCAAGCCCUCAGCUGACCCCAGUCCACCUUUGCCCUGGUGGGACAAGAGCCGCCUUCUCUUUCAUGGGGACUGGCGCAUGGACAUUGAGCAGGCAAACCUGCAUCAGCUGGCCACUGAGGAUCCAUAUAAUACAACUGAAAACAUGCACUGGGAAUGGAGCCACCUUUCUUUUCAUUGGAAACCUGGUCAGUUUGUGUUCAAAGGUGACUUGGAUGUCAACGUGAGAACAGCCUCUAAGUAUGACGACUGCUGCUUCCUUCACCUGCCUGACCUCUACAUGAUGCUGGACCUGCAGUGGCUGUGCCAUGGGAACCCUCAAGAUCACCACAGUGUCACUCUGAGGGCCCCAGAGUUCCUGCCCGAGGUGCCCUUGGGCCAGCUCCAUGACUCCUACCGGGCCUUUCGCUCUGAGAACCUCAAUCUCUCCAUCAAGAUGGAUCUGACUCGGCACAGCGGGACAAUAUCUCAGCCCCGAAUUCUGCUAUAUAGUAGUACUCUGCGCUGGAUGCAAAACUUCUGGGCAACUUGGACUAGUGUCACAAGACCUAUCUGUAGGGGGAAGCUCUUCAAUAACUUGAAACCUAGCAAGAAAAAGCUUGGCCAGCACUACAAGCAGCUUUCCUUUACUGCACUUUUUCCUCAGUUGCAGGUACAUUAUUGGGCUUCCUUUGCCCAGCAACGGGGCAUCCAGAUUGAGUGUAGUCAGGGCCAUGUCUUCACUCGGGGGACUCAGCGGCUUAUUCCUCAAGCAGGCACAGUGAUGCGGCGCCUCAUCUCUGACUGGAGUGUGACUCAGAUGGUGAGUGACCUAAGUCAGGUGACUGUUCACCUGAUGGCCUCGCCCUCUGAAGAGAAUGCUGAUCACUGCCUUGAUCCCUUGGUAACAAAGACUCACCUGCUAAGCCUGUCUUCCCUCACCUACCAACGACACAGCAAUCGACACAGCAGUCGCAUGGCUGAGGAGGAGCUCCCUACUCGAGAUGGAGAUCCUGCCUUUCAUACACACCAGCUGUACUUGGUAGAUUUACGAAUUUCCUGGACAACUGCCAACCGAGACAUUGCUUUUGGAUUGUAUGAUGGCUACAAAAAGGCUGCUGUACUCAAACGUAAUCUCUCUACUGAAGCCCUAAAGGGCUUAAAGAUUGACCCUCUGAUGUCAGCCAAAAAACCAAAGCGAGGUGUUCAAACUAGUGACCCAGUCCCACCUCAUGUCAACACUCCUAACUUCAGUGGAUGCCCUGACAAGGGCUCAUCAGGAGGUGCUUACAUGUUACAGAAGCUGAUUGAAGAGACAGAUAGGUUUGUGGUAUUCACAGAGGAGGAGUCGGGUAUGAGUGAUCAAUUGUGUGGCAUUGCUGCCUGCCAGACGGAUGACAUAUACAACCGAAACUGCCUUAUUGAGCUGGUCAACUGCCAGAUGGUUCUUCGAGGAGCAGAGACAGAAGGUUGUGUCAUUGUGUCAGCUGCCAAAGCCCAGCUACUGCAGUGCCAACACCAUCCAGCUUGGUAUGGUGAUACAUUGAAGCAAAAGACAUCAUGGACUUGCCUCUUAGAUGGCAUGCAAUACUUCGCUACCACUGAAAGCAGCCCUACGGAGCAGGACGGCCGACAACUCUGGCUAGAGGUCAAGAAUAUUGAGGAGCACCGACAGCGUAAUCUGGACUCAGUGCAAGAGCUGAUGGAGAGCGGACAGGCAGUGGGAGGCAUGGUUACCACAACCACAGAUUGGAAUCAGCCAGCUGAAGCCCAGCAAGCCCAGCAAGUGCAGCGGAUCAUUUCACGUUGUAAUUGUCGAAUGUACUAUAUUAGUUACAGCCAUGACAUUGAUCCUGAACUAGCAACUCAGAUUAAGCCACCUGAGGUUCAUGAGAACCAGGAAAAGGAAGAUCUCCUCAAGAAGCAGGAAGGGGCUGUGGAUACCUUCACUCUUAUUCAUCAUGAGUUGGAAAUUUCCACCAACCCUGCUCAGUAUGCCAUGAUCCUGGACAUUGUCAACAACCUGCUGCUCCAUGUAGAACCCAAACGGAAGGAGCACAGUGAAAAGAAGCAGCGGGUUAGAUUCCAGCUCGAGAUCUCUAGCAAUCCCGAGGAGCAGCGCAGCAGCAUUUUGCAUCUGCAGGAGGCUGUGCGGCAGCACGUGGCUCAGAUUCGGCACCUAGAGAAACAGAUGUAUUCUAUCAUGAAGUCUUUGCAGGAUGACAGCAAGAAUGAGAACCUCCUUGAUCUGAAUCAGAAGCUUCAGUUGCAGCUAAACCAGGAGAAAGCCAAUCUACAGCUAGAAAGUGAAGAGCUUAAUAUUCUCAUCAGGUGUUUUAAGGAUUUCCAGUUACAGCGGGCCAACAAGAUGGAGCUGCGAAAGCAGCAAGAAGAUGUGAGUGUGGUCCGCCGCACUGAGUUUUACUUUGCUCAGGCACGUUGGCGCCUGACAGAGGAAGAUGGACAGUUGGGAAUUGCUGAACUAGAGCUGCAGAGGUUCCUGUACAGUAAGGUGAAUAAGUCUGAUGAUACAGCAGAACAUCUUCUGGAGUUGGGCUGGUUCACUAUGAACAACCUCCUUCCUAAUGCUGUCUAUAAGGUAGUCUUGCGCCCCCAGAGCUCCUGCCAGUCUGGGCGACAGCUAGCCCUGCGCCUCUUCAGCAAAGUCCGACCCCCUGUUGGGGGUAUCUCUGUUAAGGAACACUUUGAGGUAAAUGUAGUGCCUCUCACCAUCCAGCUGACACACCAGUUUUUCCAUAGAAUGAUGGGCUUUUUCUUUCCUGGCCGAAGUGUGGAAGAUGAUGAAGUUGGUGAUGAAGAGGAUAAAUCAAAACUAGUGACAACUGGAAUACCAGUGGUGAAGCCUCGGCAGCUAAUAGCAACAGAUGAUGCAGUACCACUGGGCCCUGGGAAGGGUGUGGCACAGGGCUUAACUCGAAGUUCUGGGGUCAGAAGGUCAUUUCGGAAAUCACCUGAGCACCCUGUGGAUGAUAUUGACAAGAUGAAAGAGCGAGCUGCUAUGAACAACUCCUUCAUUUACAUAAAGAUUCCACAGGUUCCACUGUGUGUCAGCUAUAAGGGUGAGAAGAACAGUGUGGAUUGGGGUGACCUUAACCUGGUGCUGCCUUGUCUGGAAUACCACAACAACACAUGGACAUGGCUAGACUUUGCCAUGGCUGUCAAAAGAGACAGCAGAAAAGCUCUGGUUGCCCAGGUAAUCAAAGAAAAGCUAAGGCUGAAGCCUGCAACAGGGUCUGAUAUCCGGGGAAAGCAGGAAGCUAAAUCAGACGUGAAUAUGCAACAGCAGGAAGAAGAGAAAGCUCGACUCCUCAUCGGUUUAAGUGUGGGUGACAAGAACCUCGGGAAGAAGUCCAUCUUUGGCAGGCGCAAGUGAUCUGUCAAUCAAGUGGCUGCAGUACAAGAUCUGAGAUCUGACUCUGGCUCACGCUCCAGGGACUUGUGGGAUGGACUUGUGGGGGUUUGGAACCCAUGGGGUACUAUGGAGACAGGCACUGUUCUUUAGAAGGUGGUUUGUUCCCUGAAGGGUGUGUAGACAGUAAUACUGAGUUCCAUCUGAUGUGAGUCACACCUGGGGCCAGAGAGGCAACAUAAGAACCAGACCAGAGAAUGAGCCCAGGGGCUGGGUUCCAGUUCUGUUCAGGUCAACUGAAAGGGUGGGGGGAUAAUUCUGAUUAAGUGCGAUAAAUUUUUAUAAAAAGACACAUAUAUAUAAAAAUAUAUAUACAUAUAUAUAUAUUUCUAAGUGUAACUGCUCUCCCCAUGUGCCAGGAAGCUGAGGGGAGGGGACUUGAUCUCUGUCUUACUCCACUGCCUUGUAUGAUAAUGGUAUGAGUGUUCAGGGGGAAUCUAUAUGUUGACUUGGGAGGAUGAUAGUAGGAGCCAGGGCUGGCCAUGAGUGCCCUACUCUUCCCCCUGGGGUAUGCCUUGGGAAUGGCCAAAAAAAAAAUAAGAUUUAAAGAGGAAAAAAAAUAUUUUAAAUUUGA